GGCACGGCCAGAAGAGGUCACCGGACCAGUGCGUCCUGGAUCCCUGUCUUAUAACUUAAAGACAACAGACCUAACGAAGAGGAAGGGCUCUGCCUAAGGGCAGCCCGCUGCAGCAGGUCUAUUGUGAGCCACGAGAGAUUGGGGAAAGUCCCGGAUACCUCAUGCGUGACAGCACCUAAUUAAUCAUCAACUUCUUAAUGUGAUCUCCAGCCUAUAAAAGGGGAACCUUCCGAGUCUUAUAACCCUGACCACUGGCCUGUCACAGACAUCUCCAGACCCAGGAGCUUGUGCCCCAGGAGGAGCCCAGGCCAAUGGGUUCCCAUCUCAGCCCUGAGGCCAACGCAGAGGUGCCCCGCGAGGCCCUUAGCUUCCACGGGGACGCCACGGGCGCGCAGGUGCAUCUGGAUGACCUGAGGAGCACAGCGUGCAGGCGCUCCACGUUCCACGACGGCAUCGUGUUCAGCCAGCGGCCCGUGUGGCCCGGUGAGCGCGUGGCGCUGCGUGUGCUGCGACACGAGGACGGCUGGUGUGGUGGCCUCCGAGUGGGCUUCACGCGCCUGGACCCCGCACAAGUGGCCGCUUCCUGCCUGCCGCCCUUCGUGUGCCCUGACCUGGAGGAGCAGAGCCCCACGUGGGCAGCGCUGCUCCCGGAGGGCUUCGUUCGUGCGGGGAAUGUCGUCUGCUUCUGGGUGAACCGCAGAGGCUGGCUCUUCGCCAAGGUCAAUGCUGGCCGCCCCCUCUUGCUGCGCAAAGACGUGCUGGUCCAGGGCGCCCCGCUCUGGGCAGUGAUGGAUGUGUAUGGGACCACGAAAGCCAUUGAGCUACUGGAUCCCAAAGCGGAUGCCUGGACCGCCAGUGGGGAGGCUGUGCCGCAGCCUGAAGUCACAGCAGGAGAGGAGUGUGUCAUCUGCUUUCACAACACCGCCAACACCCACCUCAUCCCCUGCGGUCACUCUCAGUUCUGUGGCUCCUGUGCCUGGCACAUCUUCAAAGACACGGCCAGGUGCCCCAUGUGUCGCUGGCAGAUUGAGGAAGUGGUUGUAGCGCCUUCACUGAAGACUGGGGAAGGCUCCUGAGGAGACAGGGCUUCCCGGAGUGGGUGGCAGAUGGGACCUGGCUCUGAGACAGGUCCCUGCAAAAAGGAGACACCUCUGUGUGGACAAUGGGUCAGCAAGGCCAGUCUUGGGCCACCGUGCCUGAUCUUGGGUCAGCAAGCCUUGACAGCUUCGAGGGAGGCUCUGAGACCCUCUCCCCAGCCAGAAGUUCAGUAGAGGCUGACAUGGCAAAGAGAGAUCUCUCUGGCCAUUUUGGGAAGUCCCCCAGCAUAGCAGGGGCAGCCUGAGCCCUCCUGCUCCAGCAGAGGACGUGAAGGGACCUGUCUAUGGCAGGCGUAGGUACCACAAGUGCGGACAUAGAUCGGGGUGAUUUGUGAGAUAGCAAAAUAAAGUUUGUUUUGUAA